UUUAAUUUGCAAAAUGUUAAUUACAAGAUGUGUUAUUUUUAAUUAACUAAUUAUAAAGUCUGCAGUUAAUUGUGAAUUAUAAAACGCUAACGGUGGUUUAUUAUACAUAUGUGUGCUAUUUCUAAGGAAAAAUAUGUUUCAAAAGGUGUUCGUGCUGGGCAGCCUGAACCUGAUCUCCUUCUCCAAUGGCAUCGUCUUCGGACAGACUGCUUGCGUCAUCAGUUCGCUACAGAAGCGAGAAGAGGGCAUAGAGCUUACUGACACGCAAAUCUCUCUGAUAGCGUCUAUGUUGGUGCUCAUGAACAUCUUUGGAUACGGCCUUGGCGCGUACAUCGCUGACAAAUUUGGCAGAAGAUGGGCCUUCAUUAUCUCCUCCUUACUCAUUGUCAUCAAUUGGAUCGUACUGUACAGAGCGGCAGAGUUUUACGCAUUUUUGCUAUCAAGAGUUAUCGGAGGUACUGCCGCCGGAGCAUUAUGGAAGCUGGUUAUAUUUGUGACAGCUGAAUAUACGUCUUCAAAGACAAGAGCCUUUUUUUUGAAUAUGACGACCACAGUAGCUCCUGCUAUUGGAGCUGCUUUAAUCCACGUAGUAGGCAAUGUCUUGCAUUGGAGAACUGUGACCUUGAUUUCGAUGAUACCAUCUGUAAUUGGAGCAGUUAUCCCCUACUUCUGGGUCGAGAGCCCUCACUGGUUGGCUUCUAGAGGGAAGUUUGAAGAAUGUCAGACCGCUUUUAGAAAACUCCACGGCAAUACAACAAAUUCGGAAAGAGAACUGCAUUUGCUCAUCAAAAUGGAGAGUGCGAAGCUAAAUAAUGCAAUUGAAAUGAAUUCCGAGCCAAAAUUUAGAAGGUUGUUGAUAGCUUUCAAGAGAAAAUACUUCUGGGAACUUCUGGUGAUGAGUAUAUUUAUGCACGCUUACAUAGCAGCUGGCAGUAAGUUGGUUUUUACGUCAUUAGCUAUGGUUAUGUUGGAAGACAUAACGGGUACCUCUGAUGUAUUGUUGUUUACGUUACUGGUGGAUAGUUUUAUGAUCAUCGGUUCUUGUAUAUCAUUGGUCUUGAUCAGGAAAACUUCUCUGCGCACUCUCUUGUUUUCUACUGGCUUUGCAGCGAAUGUUGUCAUUGUUAUAUUCAGUUUCUGUUUCUAUUUCAGAAAUGGACAGACUUAUUACAACUGGAUCAACGUAUCUUUGUUAGCAUUGUUUUUUAUACUUGUCAAUUCUGGUCCAUAUCCCCUUUUGGAUGCCAUUUUCAGUGAAAUGUUUCCAUUGGAAAUUAAAUUGUAUAUUUUUUUUAUAUCAGGUGUCGUUCUUACGGCAUUUUUAAGUUUGACUGUGUUUCUGUUCCCGUAUAUUGUCAAUGCUAUGGGUUACCAUGGUUUGUUUUUGAUGAAUGCUGGUAUUAUGACUAUAAGCUUAGGUUACAUGUGGGUAAAAUGGCCGGAAACUAAAGGACGUACGUUACAGGAGAUAGAAGUAUAUUUCAAAGCGAACAAUUUUGAUGUAGAAGAAGUGUUGAGUAAAGAGCAAACUAUGAAUUUAAUUAUAUAAACUGUAUUUUAAGUUAAGGACUGAAAAUUGUUGAUGUGACUGAUAUUGAAGUUG